CGCAACCAACAGAUGCGAUGCCACUCAAAACGCAUGUACCACACUGUAUACCAUACCCAUCACCGGUACUCUCACUGCCAACUGCUUAAGAAAUGAAUUAUAUUGUCGAUCACUCCCUCAUACACUCUCAGUCUUGAGCACUGAAUCCCAGCCUUCUUUACUCUCUGUGCUCUUUUAAGUUAUUUUUCAAUAUCUUAAGGUUCAGUAGUUAUUGAAUUGUAGAAUCUGUAAUAUUUUAGUGCAAAUUCUGCAUUAAUGAUGUGUACUUCAAGCUUCUCGUCCUUAACCGACCCUCAGGGAUACGGAGAAGUGAAUCAAUUAGGCGGUGUGUUUGUUAACGGCCGUCCACUACCCAAUGCUAUUCGGUUACGUAUUGUAGAGUUGGCACAGUUAGGUGUCAGGCCUUGUGAUAUAAGCAGACAAUUACGUGUAUCCCACGGAUGUGUAUCGAAAAUAUUGGCCCGAUAUCAUGAAACUGGGUCUAUACUUCCGGGAGCUAUUGACGCAUCGCAACCAACAGAUGCGAUGCCACUCAAAACGCAUGUACCACACUACCCUCAGGGAUACGGAGAAGUGAAUCAAUUAGGCGGUGUGUUUGUUAACGGCCGUCCACUACCCAAUGCUAUUCGGUUACGUAUCGUAGAGUUGGCACAGUUAGGUGUCAGGCCUUGUGAUAUAAGCAGACAAUUACGUGUAUCCCACGGAUGUGUAUCGAAAAUAUUGGCCCGAUAUCAUGAAACUGGGUCUAUACUUCCGGGAGCUAUUGGCGGCAGUAAACCUAGAGUUACCACCCCUAAAGUGAGUACUGUAUAG